CUCUGCAUUGGAAUGAAACUGCAGAAAAAAAUUUGGGAGUCCUGGUAGAUGAAGACAAUCCAUUGCAACAGAACAGCAGCAGUAAUAUCAGUUACAGCAAUGUAAUGCAGAAAGAAAUCACACUGCCUUCAAGACUCAUAUAUUACAUCAACCAAGACUCAGAGAGCCCUUAUCAUGUUCUUGAUACAAAGGCAAGACACCAGCACAAACAUAAUAAGGCUGUCCAUCUGGCCCAGGCAAGUUUCCAAAUUGAAGCCUUUGGUUCCAAAUUCAUUCUUGACCUCAUAUUGAACAAUGGUUUGCUGUCUUCUGAUUAUGUGGAGAUUCACUAUGAAGAUGGGAAGCCACAGUACUCUAAGGGUGGAGAGCACUGUUACUACCAUGGAAGCAUUAGAGGUGUCAAGGACUCCAAGGUGGCCAUGUCCACCUGCAAUGGACUUCAUGGUAUGUUUGAAGACAGCACAUAUGUGUACAUGAUAGAGCCACUGGACCUGAUUCAUGAUGAGAAAAGCACUGGCCGGCCACAUGUAAUCCAGAAAACCUUGGCAGGACAGUACUCUACGCAACUGAAGAACCUCAGUAUGGACAGCAGUGACCAGUGGCCUCUACUGUCUGAGUUACAGUGGCUGAAGAGGAGGAAGAGAGCUGUGAAUCCAUCUCGGGGUGUGUUUGAAGAAAUGAAAUAUCUGGAACUUAUGAUUGUUAAUGAUCACAAAACGUAUAAGAAACAUCGCUCUUCUCAUGCACAUACCAACAACUUUGCAAAAUCGGUGGUCAACCUUGUGGAUUCUAUUUACAAGGAACAGCUCAAUACCAGGGUUGUCUUGGUGGCUGUAGAGACCUGGACUGAGAAGGAUCACAUUGACAUCACCAACAGCCCUGUGCAGAUGCUCCACGAGUUUGCCAAAUAUCGUCAGCGCAUCAAGCAGCAUGCCGAUGCUGUGCACCUCAUCUCGCGUGUGACAUUCCACUAUAAGAGAAGUAGUCUGAGUUUCUUUGGAGGUGUCUGUUCUCGCACAAGAGGUGUUGGUGUGAAUGAGUAUGGUCUUCCAAUGGCAGUGGCACAAGUGUUAUCUCAGAGCCUGGCUCAAAACCUCGGAAUCCAAUGGGAACCUUCUAGCAGAAAGCUGAAGUGUGACUGCACAGAAUCCUGGGGUGGCUGCAUCAUGGAGGAAACAGGGGUAUCCCAUUCCAGAAAGUUCUCAAAGUGCAGUAUUUUGGAGUAUAGAGAUUUUUUACAGAGAGGGGGUGGAGCAUGUCUUUUCAACAGACCAACAAAGCUGUUUGAGCCCACAGAAUGUGGAAAUGGAUAUGUGGAAGCUGGAGAGGAAUGCGAUUGUGGUUUUCAUGUGGAAUGCUACGGAUUGUGCUGUAAGAAGUGCUCACUCUCCAAUGGGGCCCAUUGCAGUGAUGGUCCCUGCUGUAAUAACACCUCCUGCCUUUUUCAGCCACGAGGGUAUGAAUGUCGAGACGCUGUCAAUGGUUGUGAUAUUACUGAGUAUUGUACUGGAGACUCUGGCCAGUGUCCACCAAAUCUUCAUAAACAAGAUGGUUAUGCCUGCAAUCAAAAUCAGGGUCGCUGCUACAAUGGCGAGUGCAAGACCAGGGACAACCAGUGCCAGUACAUCUGGGGAACAAAGGCUGCAGGGUCUGACAAGUUCUGCUAUGAAAAGCUGAAUACGGAAGGCACCGAGAAGGGAAACUGUGGGAAGGAUGGAGACCGCUGGAUCCAGUGUAGCAAACAUGAUGUAUUCUGUGGAUUUUUACUGUGCACCAACCUAACUCGAGCUCCGCGUAUCGGUCAACUUCAAGGAGAGAUCAUCCCAACCUCCUUCUACCAUCAAGGCCGAGUGAUUGACUGCAGUGGUGCUCAUGUAGUUUUAGAUGAUGAUACAGAUGUUGGCUAUGUAGAAGAUGGAACACCAUGUGGCCCAUCCAUGAUGUGUUUAGAUCGGAAAUGCCUACAGAUUCAAGCCCUAAAUAUGAGCAGCUGCCCACUUGAUUCCAAGGGUAAAGUCUGUUCGGGCCAUGGGGUAUGUAGUAAUGAAGCCACUUGCAUCUGUGAUUUCACCUGGGCAGGGACAGACUGCAGUAUCCGGGAUCCAGUUAGGAACCUUCACCCCCCCAAGGAUGAAGGCCCCAAGGAAAUGUCAAGAAGAGGAGGUUCGAUCCGACUCAGCAAGGCCCCAUCUGAAUCGGCUGCACUGGAUGGAUACCACCUUGUGCUAUGGGGUUCUGGGUAUGACAUACUCGUGGCCACAUUGCCAGAACUAUUACAUCUGUAAACAGAACUACUGGGUGGUAAUGACAACAGAGCUACAAUUGGGGUGUUGGAGAUGGGAGUAAAAGGAAACUGUCCCUUUGGAAAUAACUUCAAAGACCCCCCCCCCCCAUAAAAGUGAGGAAGGGAUAAAGACUUUGUCCUAUAAAGAACUUUGGAAUCCUUUUUUUUUUUUCUAACUAAAGGAGAAACAUCAACAACAAAUAAGUGCAAUAAAAGAACCAUUAAAAAAAAUAGCAAAUGAUUGCCCCCACCCCAAGCCUGCUGGCACUUAAUAUCUUCUAAAUGAUUUGGCAUGGUUUUUUUUUUCCCUUCUUACCACCAAUGACAAACUCCAGUGGCAUGAAGAUCCAAUUUUCGAAAGGGUAAAACCUGCAUGGCAUAUAUACAGCAACAAGCUAGCAAGCCAAUCCUCAGCAAAAGCUGCAGUGGGAAUUUCUAAGGGGAAGACAUCAGAUGGGCACAGAAUCUGCCUGGGUCUGGGUAACGCCUCCCCAUGCCCCGCCCUCUAAGCCUCCCUUCCCCUUUGCCCACUAAGAGCCCCACUUCUGGACCAGCCCAGGGCAGAACUAGCCAGGAAUGUGUUCUUGUUAAUUCAUUCUUUUUUCACCCCCUUGGACUAAGUAUCCUUUGGAAAUGGGAGCUGGAAUUUGAACAAUGAUGCUAUUGUAUAAUUCUUUUAUAAAUGUAAAUAUGGAAAUAGAUUUUGACGGAUCAUUUUCACUUGUCUGUAUUGAAAUCCUUUUCUUGUAAAGGUUCUCUGUAAAGUUGAGUUUGUUGCUUGCUCCCCAUGUGUUUUUGUUGUUUCUUUCGCUUCAUUCUUUCCUUUGUCCUUCUCUCUUGUUACAUAUGAUGGUUGGGCUUGCUUAGCCAUAGAUGCAGGGAGUUUGGGCACAAAACAGAUGCAAUUGAAAGUUAGUAUGCUUGAAACCAAAACUAAACAAAGGAGGGGGGGUGGACAAAAUAACAAAAUAACCCAUAUCAAAACUACAAAACUAUGUAAAUGAAAAUAUAUAUGUACUGACAAGUGUAAAAUUUUUUGAUGUCAUCAUCUGUAUAUAAUGUAAGAAAGUAGACACCCUGUCAAAUUAAUCACAAAAGUGCCAAGCUCAUGAUUUUAGGUUUUUGUUUUGACGAUUUUCUUUCCCUGUCUUCAAUGUGAAAGGAGGAUAAACUUUAAGCCUUAAA